GUACAUUAUGCUAAUCAAUGCAAUACUGAGGGCAUUUAUCGUGCAUACGUUAAAACGGCGCCGACGACGUUCCAAAUGUACGCUGCUGCGUGCAUUGCUUAGAAUGGUGAACUUCCGCCGUUUCGGACAUUACCAGCGCUAUCUGGCGUAUCCGGAGCGCGUGAUCGAUGGGCACCCGCCGGCAGUGGCAGUGGCAGUGCCGGCAAUGCCACCGGAACCGGUGCCUGCAAAUGUUCCAUUGGAGCAGGGUGUCAUCAGGCGUCGUCGACAGAUGCAACACCGAUUCCGAAUCGUUGGUGAGGAGGAAUUUCUACAGCAGGAAGAAGACAUCAUGAAAUGGACCUCUAGACUGGUUCCAAACGACGUCACAACGCUAGUAACGAUGAAAACAAAUGGCGUCACACCACUGUUGAUAGCGUGCCGCAACGGACACUUCGACGUGGUCCAGUACCUGAUCAAACGUUGCCACGCCGACGUCGAGCAGGCUGGGUCCGUCAUGUUCGAUGGCGAAAAGAUUGAGGGCGCACCGCCGCUGUGGUGUGCGUCCGCAGCCGGCCACACCAACAUAGUUAAGCUGUUAGUCCAAAACGGUGCCAAAGUGAAUAGUACGACCAAAACAAACAGUACACCUCUCCGGGCGGCCUGUUUCGAUGGACACUACGAAAUUGUGAAGUAUCUCGUAUCACAAGGUGCCGACAUCGAGGUUGCAAACCGCCACGGACACACCUGCUUGAUGAUCGCUUGCUACAAAGGACACUACAAAAUCGCACAAUAUUUGCUGUCGCUCAAAACGGACGUAAAUCGGCGUAGCGUGAAAGGCAAUACGGCCCUGCAUGACUGUGCCGAGUCGGGAUCGCUUGAAAUAUUGCAACUACUCCUGCAGCACGGUGCCACAAUGGAUGUCGAUUCGUAUGGAAUGACGCCUCUGCUGGCCGCUAGUGUUACCGGUCAUCUACCAAUCGUGGAACAUCUGAUAAAGCUACCGUUUGUUUCGCGCGAGGAUAGGAUCGCUGCACUGGAGCUGCUCGGUGCUACCUAUGUCGACAAGAAGCGCGAUAUGCUCGGUGCCCUCUCGUUCUGGAAGCGUGCCAUGGAAGACAGAUACAACAACAGUCCCGUACUGCCGAAACCAACCCGCGAACCGCUUUCACCGUACGAUUACGUGCAGGAGGUCAACAAUCUCAACAUGCUCGAAGAGCUGGUAAUGGACCCGGACGAGAUGCGCAUGCAGGCGCUACUAAUCCGCGAGCGAAUACUAGGCCCAGUGCAUCCCGACACAAGCUACUACAUACGCUUCCGUGGUGCCGUGUAUGCCGAUUCGGGCCGCUUUGAUCGCUGCAUCGAGCUGUGGACGUACGCACUAUCCAUGCAGCAGAGUAUCCUAGAACCGUUGAAUCCGAUGACGCAAUCAUCGCUACUAUCGUUUGCCGAACUGUUUAGCUACAUGCUGGGUGAGGUCGGUCGACCGAUUACGCGUGGUCGCAUCGUGCCACCGAUUGAAACGUCCGACAUGCUGGUGGUGUUCAAAAAAUCGGUCCGCGAGGUGCAGCUUGGACAGCAAAUGUUCGAACAGCUGGCGUAUCACGAGCGGGACCAUGGAGCGCUCAGUAGGGCGUUGGUAAUUUCGCUACAUCUGGCCUGCCUGUUGGUGCGAUUACUGGACGAGGAGGAAGAGCUGUGUUCGGCGGAGAUGAAACAUCAGAUCUUACAGGCGCUGUACGAUUUAGUUAGCUUAAAGAUUGUAACGCAAACGGGUAGAACAGCUUUACACCUCGCCUGCUACAAAGACGCAGCGCUCGUAGGACGAUACCCCGUCUGUCAGCUACCGUCGGCACGGCUCGCCAAGGCACUGCUACAGGUGGGAGCCGAUCCAAACGCACAGGACGACAACGGUAACACACCGCUACACUCGGCCGCCCAAAGUCGACCCUGUCCGCCCGAGCUGGCACAAAUUUUGCUCGAGCACGGAACCCAUUUGGAUACGAAAAACGCGGAUGGCAAAACGUUUGAAGCACUGCUCCAGAAUCAACAGUUACACGAGCUGGUCAACCCGAUCAAGUACACCCGGCUGUCCUGUCUGGCGGCCCGUGCUAUACAGCGUUACUCAAUCAACUGCCAGCACGAAAUUCCCAAAUGUUUGCACGCGUUUGUCGACUCACACUAACGGCUUGUUCGUGUUUGAUGCCGG